AUGGCUGUGCGAGCGCAGUUUGAGAAUAGUAACGAGGUCGGAGUUUUCUCGACGCUGACGAAUUCAUACGCCUUGGUUGCAGUGGGCGCGAGCGAGAACUUCUACAGGUUUGUUCCCGACUCCGAAAAUAAAGCCUACAAAGAUGCUAGGGUCGCAUGUGUUUUUGAGGCAGAACUCCAAGAUGUCAUCCCAGUUAUUCAUGUAACUAUUGCCGGGACGCGGAUUAUCGGGCGCAUGACAGCUGGAAAUCGCAAGGGGCUUUUGGUACCAACAAGUACGACGGACCAAGAAUUACAGCAUAUGCGGAAUAGUUUACCCGACGAGGUUAAGAUACAGAGAAUAGAAGAGCGCCUCUCCGCCCUCGGCAAUGUAAUCGCCGCCAACGAUCAUGUCGCCCUCGUGCACCCCGAUCUGGAGCGUGAAACCGAAGAAAUAAUUGCCGAUGUCCUAGGCGUUGAAGUAUUCCGCCAAACCAUCGCAGACAACGUCCUAGUAGGCUCCUAUAUGGCUCUUUCCAACCAGGGCGGCAUCGUACAUCCAAAAACAAGCAUACAAGACCAGGACGAGCUGAGUAGUUUACUACAAGUUCCUCUAGUGGCCGGCAGUGUUAAUAGAGGUAGCAGCGUGGUUGGCGCGGGAAUGGUUGUUAAUGAUUGGCUUGCGGUGACUGGGUUGGAUACCACGGCGACAGAGUUGAGCGUUGUGGAGAGUGUGUUUAGACUUGGAGAAGGACAGGGCCCUGGAGCCAUAAAUUCGAGCCUGAAGGAUACGAUGGUGGAGUCGUUCUAUUAA